UUCUUCGUGGAUAAUAAUUUCACUUUGUUUGUGAAUCCAUGUCCAGAGAAAGGCAGAAGUGAAAUAGGGGAAGGGGAAGGGCUCUCCACUGAAUGACAUUGACUUGUCUAUCUCUUCUUUCCCCUCAAAAUUGGGUUUUGACCCAUUAAUGGUAACAACAAACACCACCCUUCUCAUUACACUUUCUUGUCCUUUUCUCUCAUUGAAAAAUAGUUUUAAAUCUGAUGCUUCCAAAAAUCAGAAAUCUGUGCGCGCGUUACCGAGAGAAAACUGGUUCAUAUUUGGUUUCUUGUAAGCGGUUCUUCGGGUCAAACGCUCAUCGUAACGGGUUCAAUUCCCUCUGUUAGAUCAGAUUCUUGAAGGGUUGAAGUUUUGGUGAUCCGAGUCUGCUUUGCCUUCUUUACCCUUGAUUUUCACGCAGGGUGCGCCUGGAAAUUGAAUCUAUGAUUCUUUGCUUCCGAAAUGAACGAAUCGGUUGAACACUCUUCAAGACCUCAAAGGGGAAUUCGAAUUCAAGCUCCACUGGUUGAUUCUGUGUCGUGUUAUUGCAAAGUAGAUUCAGGCUUGAAAACAGUUGUUGGAGCUAGAAAAUUCGUCCCUGGCACAAAAAUAUGUAUCCAGCCUGAUAUUAAUCCAAAUGCACAUAGAAGUAAAACUUCGCGGAGAGAAAGGAACCGAGUCCAGCCUCCACUCCUACCAGGCCUUCCUGACGAUCUUGCCAUUGCUUGUCUAAUUCGAGUCCCUCGAGUGGAACACAGGAAACUCCGCCUUGUCUGUAAGAGAUGGUAUCGACUCCUGAUGGGAAACUUCUAUUAUUCUCUAAGGAAAAGUCUUGGCAUGGCCGAAGAGUGGGUCUACGUCAUCAAAAGGGAACGUGACCGAAGGAUAUCAUGGCAUGCCUUUGAUCCUACCUACCAGCUUUGGCAAUCACUUCCACCUGUCCCCAUUGAAUACUCCGAGGCCCUCGGUUUUGGCUGUGCUGUUCUUAGUGGUUGCCACCUAUACUUAUUUGGAGGGAAAGAUCCAAUAAGGGGAUCAAUGAGGCGAGUGAUUUUCUACAGUGCCCGUACAAACAAAUGGCAUAGAGCACCUGAUAUGCUUCGGAAACGUCAUUGUUUCGGCUCUUGUGUUAUUAAUAACUGCCUUUAUGUUGCUGGCGGUGAAUGUGAGGGGAUCCAUAGAACUCUUCGUUCUGCUGAAGUUUAUGAUCCCAAUAAGAACAGAUGGAGCUUUAUUUCAGAUAUGAGCUCGGCAAUGUUGCCAUUCAUUGGUGUAGUUCAUGAUGGGUUGUGGUUCCUGAAAGGACUUGGAACUCGCAGAGAGGUCAUGAGUGAAGCCUAUUCUCCCAUAACUAAUACUUGGACAACGGUAAGUGAUGGGAUGGUUGCUGGCUGGCGCAACCCGAGUAUUUCUUUAAAUGGACAACUUUAUGCCUUGGAUUGCCAAGAUGGAUGCAAGCUCAGGGUUUACGAUGGUGCAACAGACUCAUGGACCAAAUUCAUCGAUAGCAAGCUCCAUUUUGGAAGUUCUCGUGCUCUUGAGGCUGCUGCGCUAGUUUCGCUUAACGGGAAGCUUUGCAUUAUUCGCAACAACAUGAGCAUCAGUCUAGUUGAUGUUUCAAGUCCGGAUAAAAGGGUUGAGAGCAAUCCUGACCUGUGGGAAAAUAUUGCUGGGAAAGGUCAGUUGAGGACACUAGUUUCAAAUUUAUUGUUCAGCAUAGCUGGCAGAAAUGGCUUGAAAAGUCAUAUUGUGCAUUGUCAAGUCCUCCAGGCAUGAGAAGCAGGACGGCGGAAUGAUAUUUUUCAACGAUGCGGUGAAAGAAGGCACAGAGAAACUCUUAUUUCGGAGAGAAGAUGGAUUUGGUUCAAUCAAGUCUGACCUGACCUCGUUAGUUGCCUUCAGAAUGCCUAAUGGUGAAGCUGUUGAUUUAGUUACAGGAGGAGGGCUUAGUUCUAGAAUUUGAUUUCAUUACAUUCUUGAACAGAAAGCAAAUACUUGUAAGUAAAUCUUGUUAAUCAAUCUCAGGCUAGUUUUGUUUAUUUUGUGGGAGAUCUUAUGCUAGUAUUGUCUAAUCUUGGAGA